GAGGGGUCGUCGGUGGGCGCAGGACGGACCUGCAGGGGUCUGCGUCUCUAGCCUGUGUCAGUGUGAGGUCAUGAGGUGUCCACGGUUGGUGUGUCAUUUGAACGUGUGAAGACAGCUUGGACGUCCGACUGGUGGCCGAUGUCUUCAACCGUGAUCAGAGCUCCCUGAACGGCGCUCUUUACCCCAGCGUACCGAAGCUGGGUCACUGCAGAGCGUCCGACGGAAAACUGUGAGAAUUCUGUGAUCACGACAGUGCAUUGUUUGUAUGUGUCCGGCCAUUCGUCGCUGGAGACCACACUAUUCUCUCCGAAUCACAGCCGAACUGCAGAACCGAUCUCAGCGUUGGGGGAAUGUCGCCGACCAGGCUGAACUAUCACGUCUGCUUCAAUACCAGCGAGGACACUGAACACCCAGCCAAGGAGCUGGACGUGCAGGCGCCGCACUCGCGGGGCUGGAGGUCGCGCCAGUUCUGCAUCUACCCGCAGGAGAUCGCCUUCCAGCUGGGCGAGCGUACCCACCUCAGUCGGAUCCAGGUGCUGCUGCACCAGCUGCUGAUCCCCGAACGGAUUGACUUUUUCGUGGGUGACGUCGAGCGGGGCAAGGAUGAGACGUACGCCAACGCGCAGUUCGCCAAGCUCGGCUACAUCAGCCUGGGACCGGCCGAUGACGUCACCGGAGGCAAGGCGAGGGAGUUCAAGUCAGUGGCCGUCGACUGUGAAGGCCGCUUCAUCAAGCUGCUCAUUCACAGGAAUCACAUGAGCAAGGCGAACAAAUAUAACCAGGUGAGCAUCCUGGGCGUCAACUUCCUGGGUGACGUGAAGGAGGCCAACAACAACACCGUGAUGCCGGCGCCGGAGCGGUCCGGCUCGGCGCUGCUCACCCAGGACGGCGUCUCCAGCUACGACGACCUCGCCUUCAACAUGUACACAGACUACGAGGCCGUCAAGUGGAUGCGCAAGCUGGAGGCGCGAAAAGCCGUCGCAGCGAAGCAUGAGAGAUUCGACUACGCCCAGAACUGUAAGGACGCAGUGGAGCUGCUACAAAAGGCCGGUCUGCGAUUGGGCAAAUACGAGAUUGAGAAACGGCUGGCAAUCGAGGAGGAGAACUACGACAAGGCCAAGCAGAAGAAGGAGCACAUCGACGAGUACAGGCAGGCCGUCAGGGAGGCGCUCAAAGUGGAACAGCUCAUGGAAGACGAUGGGACAAACUCAAACAACGACAUUCUGAUGCGUCUGGAGCUGCCGCCGCCGCCGGGGAAGAAGGCUCGGCCGCCGUCGCCGCCGCCCCCGGGCCGGCCCCAGUCGGACCCGCUGCCGCCGAUCCCCCGCAGUCCCGAGCGGCCGCCCACCGAGCCCAAGAAGCCGCUGACGCCUCCCCCGCCGCUGUUCCCCACGCCGGAGUCCUCGGGCCCGGCGCUGCCGCCGCCGCCGCCUCCCAGCUACGACCCGGCGCCGGCCGCGGCGUCUCCGGUCCCGGGCCGACAGCCGGCGCAGCCGACAGCCGAGCGGCCGCCCACACCGCCCCAGCCGGCCUCCAAGUACGCCCUGUAUGAGGACCGCACGCUGCCGGCCAUCCGCGGUAAGCGCCUGGCCGCUACGGCGGGCGUUCAGUACGCCGAGCGACGGACCGAGAUGUCACCGCACCUCACCGACCAGGACAGAAAACAGGCGUCACUGCCCAUCGAGGUGUUCGGAGAGCCUCUGGUCGGUAACUUCUACGCGAAGAGUUUCGCUCAGAAGGAGGAGGGCCUGCGGCUGCUGCAGUCCACGCUGCGGGCCGGCGAGGGCGGCGUGAAACCGGACAAGGUGACCCGGGCCGCCACAAUGCUGCUGCAGCGGUCACUGCGGGACAAGGUCUACACCGUGUUCCAGCUCACCGCCGAGACGCUCGACUACCUCACUGGGCCGUACGCCAGCAAACACAAGACGUCCCGGCGAGAGCUCAGCACGGCCAUGGAAACGCUGCUACCCGAGCUGAUCCAGAAAACGGGGGACAACGCUACGCGAGUGCAGUCGCUGGCCGUGGAGACGCUGGUGCGACUCGCCGAGGUCGCGCACGCCCGCCAGAUCUCCGUCGUGGCGGCGGCCAUGACGGCACCGCUGAACGGCGCGGUCUCGGCCAGGAUCGCGCAGGCCCGGCUGGAGGUGGUGGAGCAAAUGGUCACCAAACACGGACUGAGUUCAGAGCCGGAUAGCGCCAUGUCGGUGAAGGCGGUGGCCCAGCUGGGCCUAUCGGCCGUGGAGAACCCGCACGAGACGGUGCGCGCCGCCGGCACCCGGCUCAUGAUCCUCAUCUACCCCGAGGACAGAGCGCUCGUCCGCAAACUGCUGCCCACUGACACUAAGACGCGCAAAAGCCUCACUUACCGUACCCUAAUCUCUGAAUUCGAUAAGAUGGACAAAAAGCUGGAGCGGCGCAGCAGCAGCACCGUGCCGGCCGUGCUCAGUCUGGACGGACCGGCCCCCCUGCACGAGGUGACCGACGGCCAGCAGGCCGAGCUCAGCCGAGCGGUGCGCUCCAAGUCGCUGGCCAGUGUGAUCACGGACGUCGAGCAGCCCAUGGAGCAGGAUGAGGAUGAUAGAACGUGCGUUUUCUGCGGAGACAUCAACGACAAGUACGUAACCGAUGACGGGAUGGAAUACCAUUUCUGGAAACACUGCCCCAUGCUGCUGCGCUGUAAAAACUGCAAACAAGUGGUCGAAGUUGCCAGCUACACGGAGCACCUCCUGAGUGAAUGUAAGGAUCACGAGAACUACCGUUACUGCAAAACAUGCCACGAAGCGAUCCCGGUACAAGACUACGACGCUCACAUAUAUGCAAACAACUGUAAACCGGGGAGGUCAGGCCCGGCCGGGAACCGCUGUCCCCUUUGCCACCAGAACACACCGCCCUAUGACGCCGGCUGGCGGAGCCACCUGGUCGCCGAGUGCCCGGCCAACCCCCGCAACAACAAAUUGUCCAGCGCCCUUGUGCGUCUGCACGGACACAGUCGAGGAGCUGCUGCGCGGUCCCCGCCCACGUCACAGCAGCCGCCACCACCGGCACAGCAGUCUCAGCGGCCGUCCGCUCAGGACAGCGGGAAAAGUCGGACGGCUCCCUCGGCGGAGCAGGCUCCGAGUCCGGCCGACCAGAGGCAGCCGAGACAGGAGCUGGUCCCGCCGACCUCCGACAUGCCGGGCCGGUUCAGCUUCUCCAGCGACGCGCCGGCCUACCUGCGCCAGCCGAGCCGCAGCUCGUCCAUGGCCGACCUGCGCGAGAUCCCGCUCGCGCUGCCUCCGCGGCGGCACAACUCCACCAGCGAUCUGGGCGACCAGCCGACCCUGCUCGGCAGAAACCUCAGGGAUAGGCAGAGCCCUCCGGAGGGAAAGAAAAGGGAGCCCAGUCCACGGCGAACUCCUCCGAAAGGCCAGAUGACUUCCAGGGAAGCGAGACAGCAAAUAUCCACACCGAGAGAGGAUGUGGGGCGCAGCUCUUCCAGAAACCGAGACAGAAAUCAAACUCGACAGAAUAACGAUCACGCCACCAGAACAAGUGGAAGAUCCCCCGCCGCGACCACACCCAGGGAGGGUGGUGCCCGAGACGACAGGCGUCGACCUGAGCGGGACCAGCGAGAUCAGGCGCCGGUUCCGUCUCGUCAGAAGAGGGACAGGGAUGACCGAGGACGGGAUAGGAACGAUAGGUACCCGCCGGCAAACAGUAACCCGAGCCGACCCGUCGGUGGCACGGCGAGAGAUGACGCUGCCACUCGAACCCCGGGACGGGAUCCGCAGAGACGAACGGAAGCAAGGAAAAGCGGCGGAGACGGAAACAGGAGCAAGCAGGGAGGGCGAGAUGACAAGAAGACCUCGGAGCGGGACCGAGGGUCUCGGCUGAACAAAGACGACAGUGCUGGAAGUGUUCGCUCUCGCCGGACCGGAGAGGAGAGGGUGAAACCAGCACCAGUGCGAGGCAGGUCUCAGUCCCAGAAGCCCAGCGGGCGAACAGAGCUGCGGGUUGCCCGGCUGAGCGACACGCGGAGGAGCAAGUCCGUCACCAGGAACACACCUCCCAGGCGGCGGUAAACACGAACGCUCACACAGCUCCCGCACAGCAUCUGAGGUUCGCGGGUUGCUUCACAUCCCUAAGGCCAAUCAGGGCGGAAACAAUAUCCCUCGCCAUUAGCAAUUGGAUGGCGUAUGUAAUCACAAGCAAUAUUCUCUUAUUCGUGCGAGCUAGCUAUGCCUAAUCGUGUUUGUAUUGCUGAUGCUAUUAGGGGGCGUAAACAAAGCAAAUGUUCCUGAGGAGCUAUCACAGGAGCGUGGCCGUGCAAUCACUUAAUUGUUGGGCUCGCUGUCUUCAGAUGUUUAUUUUCCUAUCACUUGCGUGUUGUUGUGCAGCCUGUUGUCAUUGGUUACGUGCUAUAAAGACAGUUAUAUCGUGCUAUUCCUGUGAACGACGAAGAAGCCGAUUAUAUUCUAGAUAAUCGUUGAUGUCAAACCUUUGCGACAUUUGGAACCUUAUUGAGGGUAAGAAAUCGCAACACAACAGCUAUAUUAAUUUAAAUGAUCUACACUUUAACAGUAUUACAACACUGUUUAAGUCUUAAGAACGGAAACCUAACGAGCUUAAUGAGCAAUCUGUCAAACAGGAAGAUAGGAAGUGAGGGACGUUGCUGUACCGCACUGUUUGUGGACCGCACGUUGCUCAACAACUGAAAACUGGCAGUGAGCUGCCUAUCGCGUAGUCUGGCGCCUACAGACCAGCGGGCUGUUGAAUCAAUACAUAUGAAAUACUCGCUCACCG